AUGGAGAAUAAUGAGGAUGCAGAGAUGGAGAACAAUGAGCAGUCAUCGAACCAAGAAAACACAACACGAGAAACUGGCGAGCACAACGACAUUCCUCAGACUGAGGACAAUGAUCCAUAUGCAGAUAUACAGCCUCCACUACUUGCAAUAACAAAAGGAAGCAAGACUACAGAUGCUGCAAGGAGGAAUGGAAAAUGCAAACCCCCUGCACCUGCCCGUCCGGAACCAGAACUAGAUGAAUACGGGAGACCGAAAGACAUUCCAGAGAAUGAUGAAGAGGAAAAACUGGACACAGAUGAGGGUGAAUGCUUCGAAGAUGAGACGGAUGAUGAAGAAUAUGAGCAAGAAGAUGAGGAUGAAGAUAUCACUGAGCAAGAAGAUACACAGAAAACACCAGAUGUGGAGAGCAAACUGCAAAACUUAAAUAAAACGGGAGGACAAAGGAAAUGCAGCGUGUGCAACCUAAGGCUAGGACACUACGCGUCAACAUGCCCCAACAGGGAAAAGAUACUACAACAACAGAUUGUUGAACGACAAAGAAGUGAUGGUGCAACAAUGAAACCAAAAGGGGUGAAAGCUUGUGGUACAUGCAAUAAGAUAAGGGGACACAACUCUAGAACUUGCGCAAGAAGGCAGCUUGAGGAACAGCUAUUACACUCGCAGUCCAACGAAAAAUGA